AUGUCUACAGCCGAGACGAGAUUCUACGCUGAAAAUGCAGAUAAUCCAAAUAGAAGUAAUGCUUUGUCCUCGAAUAACAAUAUUUAUGAAACGCCAUCCGUUCAGCAGCAAAAGCACAAAGACUCGGAGGAAUUCAACUUCAAGCUCAAUGAACAGCAGAUUCAAUUAAAUCAAUGUAUUGAAGAUGUAUCAAGUCUGAAUAGAUCUCAUCGACAAAUCAUGAAAUUAGUUAUACAAGGUUUUCCGAAAGAUUGCACAACUGUAAAUCGUAAAUAUGCGAAAAUUAGUAACACCACCGGUGGAGUCUUUGAUAUAUAUCCGGAACUAAGAGACGAACCGGUCGAAGUUUACUGCGAUCUUGUCACAGAUGGAGGCGGCUGGAUCGUGUUUCAAAGACGAAUGGAUGGGACAGAAGACUUCUACAGAGAGUGGAACGACUAUGUUGAUGGAUUUGGGGGUAAAGAUAAAGAAAUGUGGUUAGGCUUGGAAACAAUCCAUCAACUCACUAAAAGCAGAAGUUACGAACUAAGAGUCGAUUUGGAAGAUUUCAGUGGAAACACUGCUUAUGCUAAAUAUGGGACGUUCUCUAUCGCAUCUGCAAGCAAAAACUAUAAAUUGUUAGUUGGAGAAUAUAAUGGAACAGCUGGAGAUUCAUUGACGUAUCAUAACAAUAUGCAGUUUAGUACGAAAGAUUCUGAUAAUGAUGGGUCUUCGGGCAGCUGUGCAAAGUCAUACAAAGGAGGCUGGUGGUACAGUGGUUGCCAUGCCUCAAAUCUGAACGGCGUGUAUGGGCAAUCUUUAUGGGAUGAUAAAUCGGUUACUUGGUUUGAAUUCAGAAAAUUCCAAGCCCUCAAGUUCACAGAGAUGAAGUUCAGACAAAAAAUAAACUGA